GGAGAAUUGGUGUACGUGAACUACGGACGAGUACAGGACUUUGAAUUACUUAAAACCAACCUAAGUGUCAAUGUGACAGGGAAAAUUGCCAUCAUGAGAUACGGGAAAAUAUUUCGUGGGAACAAGGUAAUACGGGAAGUCAACAUAGCUUUGAAACAUUCGUCUCCUUGUUAUAAGUACUGAGUAGAAGAAUUUUGGCUAGAUUUGAACAGGCCCGUGCAACAAAAAUCUCCACUUUUAAGCUACAAAAUAGAGAGUUAAAGUAGUAACGUUUUUGAGCGACGCAAGCCAACCGGAAGUGAGCCUUUUUUUGCCAUUAAUAUGCCUUUACGCUACCAAAUGUGUAUCGCUGUGUCUAGUGUCUAUACUCUAUUAGUAAAAUCCAACUAGUGGUCUAUUAUCAAUCCUGCGUUCUGAUUGGUUGAGCUACUACUAAGCUAUAUGUUAUAGCCCACUAGUAGCGAAAAGCGCGGGCUUUUUCGCCGCAAAAAAGGAUUAAAGUCCAGCUUUGACUUGCUAAAUUUUUUUUAUUCUCGAUAUUUUUGACCAACUGGUUGGAUUUUACUAAAACAAUUAUUCCUCUUGCCCUCAUGGCCUCUGAGUCAAUAGCCCGUUCGGCCUUCGGCCUCAUGGGCUAUUGAAUCAGAGCCCAUUCGGGCUCGAGGAAUAAUUGUUAAAUAGACUCAAAGAAAGAAACUCUACUUCCAGUUGACGUGCUUGAUUGAAAAUCGUCGCUGCUUUAACUCCUUAAUGAGAAUUGUGUGCGACCCGGUGGUUGCAAUAGGACAAUUGCACGAUGACGUCAUUUUACUACAACUACCAGAAUCCUUGAGUAUGUUGUUUUCUUGUGCAAAUUAAGACUAUUGUAUUUUAAUCCUCAGCGGGAUUGACAAACUUAAAUAACAAAGCAAAACCGAAAUGAAUUCUGGUAGUUGUAGUCAAAUAUCGUCAUCGUGCAAUUGUCCUAAUAGGACAAACUUGGGUAAGACGAACGUAUUUAAGGGGCUCCGGACCCCUCCGACCGUUCGCCUGGAUUCGCUUCAGAGCAAAAGCAGUCAUAAAUCAUAUAAAGCCUGAGCCAUGCCCGGUUUGGUCUUCUUCAGGGGUCUUAAUUCUGUCCCAUUUCUCAGACUUUUGACUCUCCUUUUUCUCUUGCAGGUUGCAAACGCUGCGAGGUAUGGCGCCAUAGCAGCCCUUCUCUUCUCAGAUCCUGCCGAUUACGCCAGGGCUGGCCCGGAUCCAAAAGAUACCUAUCCUAACACUGCAUGGCUUCCUGCAAGCGGUGUUCAACGGGGUUCGUUGUACACAUUCCCUGGAAGUGGAGACCCACAAACACCUGCUAUAGCGGCCCUUCCAGGAAUGUGGCGGCGACCGCAGAAUGAGAGCGAAUUGCCCCCCAUCCCUGCCCACCCCAUGGGGUACGGAGAUGCUAUCCACUUUCUUAGCAAAAUGGGAGGUACGUUAUGUUAA